AUGAACACAGUCAUAAUACUAGUAAUUUCAGUGUUGGGUUGGGUGGGCGCAGAGAUGAUGUGGCUGAUCGUGUGUUGGGGCCUGAUGGCGUUUUUGUGCUACAUGGCUCUCAAUCACCUCGGCACUGGUACCACCGACGAGUCUUCGAAGACCAUUCUGUCGUCGGCUCAGAAUGCGCCAAACCGCCUUGAUGGCUCGAAUAGCGAAUGGACGAACGAAGUGUUAGCCUGGAUAUAUAAUAACUAUCUUAAAGUACCCGGACCUUUGGAAGCAUGGAUAAAGUCUCUAAAUGACGCCGCGAAAAAAGUCAACAGACCUACAGAAUGUGAGGUAGUUUUCGAUGGAUUUCGGGACCAUCGGCAAGUAAAAUCACCGCCAAAGGUCAGCAACAUCAGAGUUGAGCAUGGACCUCGAGAACAUUUGACCCUGAGAGCAAAUAUUCAUCUACCAUGUGUAUGCCUUAAAGUCGUUUCAUCUCAGCGAACCCCUGAGAGGCUUUUGGUCAGCAAUUUUGAUGCCAACAUAGUGGAUCUUCGUGGAGAGGUUAGUGUUAUUAAGAUGGUAGAAUGCCGAUUUGCAUGUAUCGCUAAUCAACUUUUUCUAAUGGGAUGUUUCAAUGGAAGGCCGGAAAUGGACAUUGAACUAACGAACGCGGACAGCAGUGCACAAUCACAAGUUUCCCUCGGACUGGUCGAAGAAAAGAUUCGCAGAUGUUUACUAUCAGCAGUUACAAAUAUCAACCUAUCAGAAACAGCGUCGCCAAAUCUUGAUGACUGGAGAUUUGACGAUAAUCAAACCAUGGACACAUUACAUGACAGUUUCUAUCGUAAUCAGAAUCACUCUGCAGCUUCAUCGGUCCUGAAUCCGUCUCCGACACCUCGUGUUGAUUCAAAACGACUGUCAGGGGAACAUUUAGCUGUUGCCGCUCAAGUGCCUGAGAUAUUCAAAAAGCUCAAUGAGACUCAUAUUAUGUCACCCACAAUCAACAACAAUGCUGCUCCGAACAAACUGCGUGUACAAAUUGUGAAAGCAACUCAUUUGGGAAGAGGGCCAGCUUCUUGCGAAUACUUGGAUGAUACAGAAAAAUAUGCAACUUCAAUGUUUACGACUACAAUUUUAGAAAAGUUCGUGAACUGGAACUGUUUAGCCGCCCCGGAUGUUCAGCAGCCAUUUGUUGUCAUAGAAAUGGACGAACCAGCUCAAAAGUUCACAACUACAAAAGGGAUCAAUGCCUGCCCUUAUUGGGAGGAAUCUUAUGAUUUCGAUUUAACUCCCGCUUCAGAAGAAAUCCUUUUCGAAGUGUAUGAUGCAAGUCAGAAGAACACGGCCGAUGAUGAUAAGAAUUUCCUAGGGCUUGCCAUAGUAAAUCUUUUAGAAAUAAGGAGGAAACCUGAGCACGUGCACCAUCUGAAACUGCAAGGGAGGCCGUAUAGAAAGGAUGAAGCAACUGGUGAACUUACAGUACAGUUUGACUACUUCUACGAUCCGAAGAGUAUGACUCCUGGCAAAAUAGUUGAUACAGUGAAAAUUCGGAACAAUACAGGAAGCGAGUUCCGAGAGACGGUAACCAGUCAACGGCGUGCAAUAUACGAUCCCCAUGAUAACUUUGAGUCUUUCGAUAUGACUCCGAGGAAAACCACAACUGUAGUCGUUAAGACGGUCUCACAGCAGUUAAAAGAUAAACCAACGAUACAAUCUGUUCACGGCUCUAUGGAAAAUGCCAUGGAUCCACAUACUCAACAUAUCCUUGAUCAGCAGUUCCAUCACGAUGGAAAAAUGGGUCACAUUGGGGAAAGCGUGAAGCAAGCUGCCACCACUGCUACCCAGGCAGCAGCUCCAAGUCGAACAACCGCAACCGCCCCCACUACCACCGUCGCCACCACUACAACAACCACCCUUCACGCUCGUCCACCUCACCCACCAUCAGCUGAAUCCACAUUAGAAAAACGAGGACGAGAUAGAGACAAACAUAAAAAGAAUGGUAUUCCUGAAAAACGGGAACGGUCAUUCUUCGGAGAACUGCGAGAUCGCAUCAGUGGUAGAAGGCGGAGUAUAACGAAAAGAUCGAGAUCGGUUGACCUCCAUGGAGCAGAAAUCGAAGAGGCUGUUAGUUUACCGCCCAGCCGUGAUCCAAGCAGGACCCGAUACGCAGGUUCACCUGGUGGAGAGCCUCGAUACCAUGAGACCCAUUCAGUAGGAGGAAAAUCUGGUGAAUCUAGCAAGAGUCUCUACCAACACAGUACUUUGGUGCUCGAAUUGGAACAUGACAAACAAUUGAAAUACUUCCUCAUUCCACCGUCAAUGUUAAGUGAGCCAGCAGCAUCAAGGCUCAUGCGACGGGGCAAAAAGUUGCACAUCUACAACGAGCACACAUUUGUUGCAGUAAAAAUUCGAGGGGGUAUCAACUGCAACGUCUGUCAGCAACGGAUAAAGUCUAGUUUUGCCAAACAGGCAUAUCAAUGUCGAGAUUGUAAAUUGGUCUGCCAUAAAUCGUGUCAUUAUAAGACCGACGCAUUCUGUACACAAAGUACCGUCUCCAAACUGCAAAUAGCGAAAGAUGUCGACUGGGCGCAUUUCUUGAGCCACUACCAAUUGGAAGAAUUCAUCUCAAUUGACGGCGUCUAA